AUGGUUGCAGCAUCUGAUUUUGCCACUUUACCCAAACCAAGUCUUAACUACUCAAAUAAUGGUUUGGGUAUGCCUGGUUCAUCGGCUCUAGAUAAGAGAGUCAGAUGUGAAACACAAGCAGUUCAAGCACCAAUGCUAAAGAAACCCAAGCCAGAGCCUGUGGACUUCUCUUAUCAGCAGCUUACUGGAAGCCAAGCUGAAACCAGUCUUCUACCUUAUCUACAGUGGAAGAAAAAUUUGUUGCAUCAACGCAGUGAGGGUGGAAAAGUUGUACAUGAAAGAAUCCAGGAGAAAGUGCGUCCCUCGGUGAUAAUAAAUAAUGGUCAGACACGAGGUUUUCAAGGAAUCUCAGAGCUGCAGGCUGCUUUCGACACUUCUAAUGUUAAGUUAGAGCCUGAAAAAGAUAGUUUUCCCAGUUCAAAUUUUAGGAAGACCAAAAAUGAGCACCAUGUGAUGGACAGGAUACCUUUUCAGUCUUAUCUCCAGCAAUCACAAAAGCAACAAUCAUCAUCUCAAUUAAGAGAUAAUGUAACUACUAAUAUGAGGAUACACAGGGGUCAACCUGUUGACGAAAAUACAACUAUGAGGAUGCACAGAAGUGUCUCUCAAUUGAGGACGGAUUCAGAUAUAUUUCAGGUUGCGGCUCCUGAGAAUUGUGCGUCUGCAAGUUCUCCAAACAUAACCUUUCUGCCAUCAGAGGUAGUUGUUCCUCCAAAGCAGAAAACAAAUCCUCGUCCUAAACGCUCCAGAAAAAAGACUGAUGAUUCUAGUGCUUGCAUGGGCAAUACCAAUGCUGCUGAUGCAAACCAUGUUUCCAUGAAUCUUGCUUCAUCUCGGUCAUCAAGACCUAAAGUUGGAUCUUUCCCUGAGAGCUUUUUGAAGAUUCAAGCAGUGACUGUGAGGUAUGGACUACAUAACAGGGAGUACAAAUUGGACCCAUUUUUGCGAAGGAAACCCUUUUCUUCCGUAACUCCAUUGGUUUCUUACCAACUCUUAUCUUCAGGAGAUAACAGAAAGUGGGAGAAUACUUCCACAGAUAAAGUUUCUCUCAAAGAAUGCUUUCUGGACUGUGGUAUCGGUAUUUAUGAAACUCGGACAUUGACUUUUCUACGUCAGUCUCACAUCCAUCAAGGAAAUGAGACUCCCAUCGUUGAUAGAGAGGCUCAGGUCAGACUGAUCAUAUCGGAGAAGCUUAAUGAGGGAAUGAUGAAAGCAAGUGUUGUUUAUGGAACCGAAAAAGAGAUGUUUUCAAUUGAUUAUCCUCUUCUACCAGCUUCUACUAGCACUCAUUCUGCAUACCUCUUGGCUACUCAGUUCACCACACUGAUGAAGCGUGAAGGGUACUACCUAUCUAGUUAUCAAGUAGAGCCGAUUUCUCCCAAGGCUGACGGGGGCUUCAGCAGUCAGUGGCAUAGUGCUAGUAUUAGUGCCACUCCAUCAGCUCGACCAAUCGUCCUACCUUCCUCAACUCUGACCCCAAGGUUAUCACCUUCAGGACUUAGUCCCAUAUCCAUGCAACGCCUUUCACAGAACAUUUUCUCUGGAGGUCAAUUUCUCCCACCUGAAAUCAUACAGUUAGCUGCACAACUCCCGGACACUGGUAUACCCAAGCAAGCUCUCAGCAUUGCUACACAAGAAAAUUGAUGAUGCCGCAAGUCCGGCAGAUUCUGAAUAAUUGUGCCUAUUCAAUGUAUCAGACGCUGCAAAUACAACAACAACAACGAAAUCAAUUCAUGCAGGGGGGAUCAGGAGGUGGAGGAGUAACUCCAAGUGGUUUAGGUAUGAUUGAACGGGGUGGAGUCCAGGUACUUGGAAAUUCUCGUCUUGGUUUGUUGGGUAAUGACAUGGGCUUGAGGUCCUCUACUCCUACGGAAUUGGGAGGACGGAUGCCUUGGGUUGGCAAUGUAGGUCAGUUUAACAAUCUUGGCAGUGAAAUAUCUGGUUUAAAUGACAGCAAGCUGCCUCUUGGCCCGGUUUCUGAUCAUCUGAGGGCCGCAGAAGGCCAAGGGAAAGCCUUGAGGACUGGGGUUUCGGUGGACAUAUCAAAUUUUCCAGGCGUGACUAGUAAAUUAAGCAACCAGCAGCUGCUACAAUUGCAGAUGCAUCCACUGGAAAUGAGAUCACCGUUUGAACAGCAGAUACAACCGGAAAUUAGAUCACUGGUUGAGCAGAAGAUACUGCCACAGAUGCAUCCACCGGAAGUGGAAUCAUCAGUCCAGCAGCAGAUACAACCGCAGAUGUAUCAAGCGGAAAUGAGAUCACCAGUUGGGCAGCAGCUACAACCGCAGAUGUAUCAACCAGGACUGGGAUCACCACUUAAGCUGCAGAUGCAACGGCAGAUGCAUCAACAGGAAUUGGGAUCACCGGUCCAACAGCGGAUGCAACCGGUAAUGAGAUCACCAGUCCAGCUGCUACAACAGAAUACGGAGCAGCAGCAGGAAAUGACAUCAUUGCUCCAGCAUUCAGUGCAGCAGCCAUCGUAGUCCAGCAUGCAGGUUCACCUCAUUGUCAAGUUACCCGUCAUCAACAAUGUGACCAAAGCCAACAACUUAUCCCAGAGCCAGCAGCGCAACAGGCGAAUGGAACGCGGCUUAUGGAAUCCAGGAGAUGAGCUUGCAGAAUUAUGGCUAUGUGGGGAAGUAACAAAACUUGAGCUCAAUGAGUGUUGUUUUUCUAGUCCCUUGGUCUUUUCGUUUUUGGUGAACAGUAGUCAAGAGGUAAGAUUUAGUGGGAAAAACCAGGGUUUUUGGGUGUACAUUCUUACAUAUGCAGGGCUUACCAAGGUAGGGAGGGGAAGGGUAUACAUCCAUUUUGUCUUUUUGAAAGAAAAUGUAAGGGAAAACAAUGACCCUCAUGUUUCUUCAAUGUUUUUCUUCUACCUAUUUGUUUCAUGUGGGGAGAAUGGUGUGCCAAGUGUAUGUUGCCAAAACAAGAUCAACAGUCCACUUACCUGGUUGGAGCAGUGUGCUUCUCUUAAUGCAUUCAAGUUCGAUUU